UGCAGUUAAGAUGGAGACAGCUAAUUGCACUGCUGCUGUCCUGGGGAACGGGGACUCGGUGUCCCAGCGGGAACGGAGCCUGCUGCCUGAGCGGCUUCAGAGACGAGAUCAAGAGAGGCAACAGGAGGUGGAAAGGCGGAAGCAAAAGCGGCAGGACCAGGAGGUGGUGGAGGAGAAGAGCGACUUUUUCACUGCGGCCUUCGCUCGGGAGCGAGCAGCCGUGGAAGAGCUUCUGGAGGGCGGGGAGUCCUUCGAACGGCUGGAGGAGGCGGCCUCUCGGCUCCAGGGGCUGCAGAAACUUCUCAACGACUCCGUUUUCUUCCUGGCCGCCUACGAAGUGCGGCAGGGACAAGAGGCGCUAGCGCAGCUGCAGGCGGCCCUGGCCGACCGGCGCCAGCAGCUGCAGCCCAAGAAGCGUUUCGCUUUCAAGACCCGGAGGAAGGAUGCUGCUGCGGCCACCGAAGUAGAUGCGGCUGCUGCUCCCCCGGCGGCCGAAGGCAUCUCGGCCUCCCCGCCGUCCUUGAAUGAGGAGGGAGGCUUGGACUCCAGCUGGCUCUGCGGCUUCUCCAACCUGAAGUCCCAAGUCUUGGAGAAGAGAGCGGAGGAGUUGCACCAGCGAGACGUCCUUUUGACCGAACUGAGCAACUGUACGAUCAAACUGUACGGCAAUCCCAACACCCUGCGGCUGAGCAAGGCCCGCAACUGCACGUUGCUCUGCGGCCCGGUGUCCACGUCCGUGUUUCUGGACGACUGCAGUGAGUGCGUGCUGGCUGUGGCCUGCCAACAGCUCCGGGUGCACACUACGAGAGACACCCGCAUCUUCCUGCAGGUGACCAGCAGGGCCAUCGUGGAGGACUGCAGCGGGAUCCAGUUCGCCCCUUACACCUGGAGCUACCCGGGGAUCGACAGAGACUUCGAGGGCUCUGGUUUAGAUAGGAGCAAAAAUAACUGGAACGACGUUGACGAUUUCAACUGGCUGGCCCGGGAUAUGGCCUCGCCCAACUGGAGUAUUCUUCCUGAAGAAGAGCGAACGAUCCAGUGGGACUGAGCGGUUGUUACUCUUUUCCUCACUUACACCAGAUGCCUCCCAGGUGGAUCGGACUCCAACUAAUAGGACCCCAAAGCUUGCUUAUCGUUGUCACAUAGCGUAUGUUUUCAGUAUUUAAGACUUAAAAUUGUGAUAGGCUAUGUGUAAUUUUCAUUAAAUUCACGACAGGUAUAACACUUUAAAUUAUUUUUUGCUAUUUUGAUCACUUUUGCUAAUAUUUGACUAUGACAGUUUGAAGCCAUAAAGAGAAGAGUGUGGUUUUGUGUUGGUUUUAAUCUGUGGUAUUUAAAACUUAUUGAAUGAUAAAGCAGCCCUUCAAUAAACAUUUGUUUAAGAAAUGAAUUCAGUAGGGCGCUAGUAA